AUGUCUUCGGAACAAACGAUCCCAGCAGAACUGCAGCAAUAUAUAGAUCAAGCAGUUUCGAAAUUACCUAGAAAUAGUAGCUGGCCAUUUAUACAAGGUUUUUUGUUAGGUCAACUUACUAUUGUAGUUUUGAUUCUCGCUUUUAUAAAAUUCAUGUUGUUGGAAAAAGCCACCAAGCAACAGAAG